AUGACUGCUGCCCUGUCGUCCCGCCUCGUUCGACUUACCCUCGGAACUGUACUCGCGGUGCACUACGCAUCCGCGGCUCUCCAUCAAGAAGUCACUCGAGGACUCUUAGACCGGCCCUUUGACUACGUUAUUAUUGGUGCGGGAGCGGCUGGCGCCGUACUGGCUAAUCGCCUGUCAGAAGACGCACGCUCGUCUGUGCUGCUGAUUGAAGCUGGCUCUAGUGACUACGAGAAUGUCAAGAUUGAAGUACCACAGGACGGAUUUGAGCUUGCAAAUACGAUUUUCGACUGGAACUUCACAACAGUCCCACAACCUGGGUUCAAUGGUCGCGCGCUCAACUAUCCCCGCGGCCAUGUUCUAGGAGGUUCAACUGCUAUAAACCUCAUGGACUACUGUCGUGGCUCUAGAGACGAUUACGACAGAUGGGCAAACAUCACCGUGGAUCAUGGAUGGACUUGGGAUGCUCUAUUCAAACACAUGCUCGACUUGGAUGUAGUCACCCCUCCGGUCGAUGGUCACAACUUCAGCUUCCAAUUUGACCAAUCUGUGCAUGGAACGACAGGACCUUUAAAGAUCAGCCUUCCACAAUCGCUCCUGGCGGUCGAUUUCAUAGGCAUGAACGCGUCCGCGGAACUUUCGAACGAGUUCCCAUUCAACAGAGACUUCAACUCAGGCGAUCCUAUCGGUAUUUCAUGGGUGCAAUCGACCAUAUUCGAAGGAGCACGGUUCAGUUCUGCGUCUGCCUUUAUUGCGCCCGCCUUGCAGCGCCGGAAUCUCGACGUCGUCGUUAACACGCUGGCUACGAAAUUGAUUCCGACGGGACAGAGAGGGACACCGGACGUGCGCACUGUUGAGGUUCUGAACUCAAGGACAAACGAGACCUUCCACGUAACGGCCAAGGCGGAGCUUAUCCUAUCCGCGGGUGCGGUGAAGUCCCCGCAUCUUUUGCUUCUUGCGGGCAUCGGCGAUGCGGCCUACCUAUCCUCUAUCGGCGUCACUCCUCUCGUGCAUCUCCCAGAUGUCGGUCAGAACCUACAAGAUCACGUCUUCCUGCCGGUCUCUUGGAACGUGUCAUCGAACGAUACGCUCGAUAACAUCCGCCUCAAUGCAUCGUUCGCGGCCGAGCUGUUCGGAGAAUGGAACACUACCCGUACUGGUCCAUUGGCCGAUGGGCCCGCCAAUGUGUUUGGUUGGCUGCGCGUUCCCGACAAUUCAAGCAUCUUCUCAGGAACCAUCGAUCCGAGCGCAGGUCCCACGAGCGCACACUUUGAGUUCAUCCUCUCAGAUAGCUUCGUGAGCAAAGUUCAGGCAUCUCCCGCCGAAGGCCAUUUCGUGACGAUCAUCGUGAACUUGAUCUCGCCUGCGUCGCGCGGCAACAUCACCCUGGCGUCGCUCAACCCGUUUGACAAGCCUCUCAUCAACCCUGAUUUCCUGAGCGCGCCGAUUGAUGUCAAGAUCCUGCGCGAAGGAAUCAAGGCCGCCCGGCGCUUCGUCUCGGCACCGUCAUUCGCAGAUUAUAUCGUAGCCGAAUUCGGAGACUUCGCGGUCGCGAAGACCGACCAGGAAAUUGAGGCAUUCGCUCGCGCCAAUGGCGACACCGUCGACCAUGUUGUCGGGACAGUGCCCAUGGGCCGCGCGGGGUGUAUGGAUGCCGGAUGUGGCGCAUUGAACCCCGACCUGACGGUCAAGGGCACGAAGGGUCUGCGCGUCGUGGAUGCUUCAGCUUUCCCAUUCAUCACUUCGGGUCACACUCAAGCCGCUGUGUAUAUACUUGCUGAGCGUGCCGCCGACCUCAUAAAAGCCUCGAGGCCGCAUUGA